UGUUUUCAGAUCUGAGCUUUUCAGUCCUGUUUUUUCAUAUUUCCUGUCAAUUCUCCGUUUGGAUCUUGCCUUUGUUUCUCUGGCUUCUUCGUUUUGGCCGAUAUUAUGUGGAUUUGGGGGUUCUAGUUUGUUUAUCCACUCUUCUAAUAUGGUUUCCGGUGGGCUGAGGAAGGUUGGCGCAGAAGGCGGCAUGGUUCUUGAUACCAUUUUGUCUUCUCCUCACAGGAGGUCACCGUCCUUCAGGAGGCAAUUUCAAAGGGAUGAGUUAGGAAGCUGGUCAGCGCUGGUCCAGAGGCAUCGUUACCUCUUAACAGCUCUUGCUCUACUAACUUUCCUCUGUACUGUUUACCUCUACUUCGCGGUCACUUUGGGCGCCGGCGGCUCCUGCUCCGGUCUGACUGGUGUUCAGAAGGCUUCAUGCCGUAUGGAACUUGCCAAGACAUCUAUAGCCAAGGGUAAACUGAAAAUUCUUUGACAUUUUAAUGAUGAUAUAUGGUGAAUUGGUUAUUCAUUUUUGAAGUUUAGGUGAUAUGGAAAAUGAAAUAUCGCCAUCAGCCUACAGUAUUGUGGUGAGAUAUAUAUAUAUAUAUAUAUAUAUGUACAAUUCUUAUAUAAUUUAAGAGAGGUAAUGCAGUUACAGUAGUUCUGGUGUGUAUAUAUUUACACACACACACCCCCACCUUUUCUCCCUAUAUAUGUAUGAAAUGUAUGACAAAUCAAAGUGUUUACAGCUCCUCAACAGUGAGGCUUGGUUUCCAAAUUCAGGUCACGCACAUGACCCACCGGUCUAGUUCUUUGUUAGUUUUAUUAAUCCCCGAUUUAGAGUUCAUGGGUUACAUGCUGUGAGUGCAUUUCAUGUUGGACACAAGCUGAUGUUCAAAAUUCCACAAGUAUUAUAAGACAUUUUUAAUAAUACGUUUGUUAAUUGUCUUUAAAA